AUGCCUUCCCAAGACAGCAAGCCACGUCGAAAGCCUCUCGUGUACGGAAAGGCGAGGAGAUCAGCGCUUGCAUACAAUGUUUUCGACUUAGAUCAUGCGCUCCGUGAAGAUGUCCACAGCCGCAUCAGCUCUGAGAAAGAUGAGAUCCUUGGGGGGCAAGGGCAGAUACAGGGUCAAGUUGUCAAGUCAGUAGAAACAACCCCUAAGGGAAAGCUUAGCAACUUCCGUCAACGCUCGGAGAAACAAUUGCCUGCCAUUUUGCCUACGCAGAAAGAUUCUGGAUCUAAGACUACCGAAGAUUGUCGAGCGUCGACGUUCGACCUUUCACUGUCUGAAGAGGAAGACAGCAAUAUACUGUUUCACAAGUCAAUGCAAAAGCGUAGGAGGCUGACACCCGUCAGGAAUCAAGGCAGGGGUGUCAAGAGUCAUCGGAAGGAGCUUGGCUAUUCAGGCACUAAUGAAGACAGCACUCAGUAUCCUCGUGAUACCAACGGGCCGGCAAACUCGCGGCUCCGGGCACAGGCAACAUCUCAAUCUAGAGUAGCACGACAGUCUCCACGAAGAAUGAGAACGCCUGCUCCCGAAGAUGGAGGCCCCAUAUCUCCAACCUCUCCUUACAGCACACCAAGACAAACGAGGUUGUUGUCUAGCCUCAUUAAUCCUGCUGAGCCCACGGACAGCCCAAGUAAACUCCCACUGACCUCAUUGAGUUUGGCAAACGCAGAGGAUCUGAAGCCGAAACCAGCUGACAUACUCUCGAGACCAUCUCGGAAGACCGAACAGAUUAAAAAAGGUCUCCUGAGACCGAGAAAGAGAUUGAUUGAUGCCAUGGUCUCACCUCAGAAGCGCUUAUCCUCAUCGGCUUCAGGUGGAUCCGACUCUGACGAUUCUGUCUUAGAUGCUCGCAAUUCCUUCAGGCAAAUGGAUGAUACGAGGUAUGAGGUGGAUUUGGUUGCUACUGUACACGCAGAAGGAGAAAAGAGGGUAGAAGAAACACGAGGAAUUACCCAGAAUAACUCAUCUACUUCCUUGGGCGUAGGUGCAAAACCGAGAGCAACUUACUCUAGAGAGCGUUCUCAUCUUGCCGACAUGGUGACAGAUGACCUCCUUGACCCUAUCAGUCAACCAGCAUUACGGGGAGACGGUCUUCUAAUGUCUCAGAACGGUGCCAUAUUCAGUAGCUUUCCGUCAGUCAUAUCGCAAGAAGGAUCGGAUGAAGAACAAGAGCAAGACAUUGUUGGAAUCAGGAGCAUCCAUGAGCUGCGCCAUUCAGGAGGAAACGCGAGGUCCCAAAUUGACAUCGAGUCUAUUCUUGAGGACAUUGAGGCGAAAGGUUCUUCGUCAAGGGCGAGGCGUCUCCGCGGUCUAGCUCAGCUCACCAAAAGACUUGCUAGCCCCGAAGUGGGACGGCAUGUUUUCGACCAGUCCUUAGAUCAACGACUCUGCUCUUGUUUGUGUUUGGAUGGAAAUGUUGUAUUUCAGACUCUGUUGAUGAUGAUCCUGUCUCGUCUUAUGACUAGCCUGCAACUGUCGAUCGCCUCGUUGAGAAGAAUUUUUGAAGCGCUCAUCGGUUCAGGCAUGCCGUUGCUAGAAGAACCAAGAGACUGGGUGUCAGUUGUGCAAGAUCGCAAGCAGAACUUACCCAAAGCGUCGUGUAGGGAGAUGACUGCGGUUGUCGAGCCUUUUCGUACGUCGCCCGUGUGGUCAGAUCGGCGUCCGAAAUCUGUCAGUCCACAAUUGGUUUUGCUCCGGUCCGUUGACAUUGUCCUUCGUCAAGUCAGGCAACUUGGUGAUUCUAGCGUGAAUUUGCCAGCCCCAUUCUUCGAUCGGCUCGUUCAGCUUCUUCUACAAAUUGGUCCGAUACAGUUGACCGAUGCAAAGGACAAUGAUUCGGUGCUUGUCAUGGAGUGCAUAGUGUCUAUCAUUGAAUCCUUGACUAUAUCUAAAGACUGGGCGGAGGAAGGUUGUCUUGAAGUCGCAAAGAAGCUAUCUGGACUGGGACCUCUACUUAGCCAACUGAAUGUGCCAUCGGCUGAAGCCUCACAUCGGACUCAGCAUUUGGUUUUGCGGCUUAUUUUGAACAUUACGAACAACGAUUCGGACCUGUGUGAUUCUUUUUGCGAACCAGCACUAUUGGCGGCCAUUUUCGGGAUAGUGGAGAGGGACUUCCUUCAGGCGUCGAUUUUGGCAAGGGCGGUUUUGAAGGACAUUCAACUAGAAGGCGUCAUACUUGCGCUCGGAGCAUUGAUCAAUCUUGCCGAACAUAGCAGCUCUUUUCGGCAAGCAAUGCUUGAUUGUUCGGUUGAUGGCAGGAGUAUGGUGGACUGGAUUGCGUUUGCCUUCCGCAAUCAGGUGGACAUUGCAUCCGAGGUGACUUCCAUCGCUGCGCUGACUGCCCCUUGUACUGACACCGUCCAGGCUUCAUCUGUUGAGCAGACAACUUCAUUGGUUGCGUUUGGCUACCUGGCGGUCCUGUUAUGCAAUGUGUGCAUGGAUGCGCAAAGCAGGGAACGUGUACGCGGAAUAUUGAAGGGGGGCACGCUUGAACCGCUUCUCCAGUUCGUGCAAGAAUUUUUGGACCACUUUCGAAGAGCAGAGACGCUGGAAUCAGGGCAAGAAGAAGAUGAGCCCAGUAUGAAGAGCGGCUUCGUAGACCGAUUUGAAGGUAAAUCAUCUUUGACUGUACAAUACUGUGAAGGUCAUUUUGUCGAAAGCUACUACCCAACAAUCGAGAAUACGUUCAGUCAUGAAAUCCUCUACAAAGGACAGAAGUUCGCAACGGAGAUCAUAGACACCGCAGGACAGGAUGAGUACAGCAUGCUCAACUCUAAGCAUUUCAUUGGCAUACAUGGCUACAUGAUUGUCUAUUCGGUUGGCUCAAGGCAGUCCUUUGAGAUGGUCAGAACCAUUAGAGAUAAGAUUCUCAACCACCUUGGUGUCGACGAAGUACCUAUUAUGAUUGUUGGGAACAAGCGCGACAUCAAGAAAGAGUUGCGUAAGGUAUCACCUCAGGAAGGCGAGGCAUUGGCUAAAGAGAUGGGGUGUGGAUGGACCGAGGCCAGCGCUCGAGAUAAUGAGAACGUCACCCUCUCCUUCGAGCUCAUGAUUGCGCAGAUUGAGAGAUCGCAAAAUCCCAACGAGCCGACAGGAAGGAACAAAUGUAUUCCCAUGUGA